UUCAAAAUGGCGGAUCAGGUGCUAUCUUAAAUUAUCUUGUUUUCUUCUUGUAAAAAUGAAGAAAAACGCCAUUGCAGUCGGUUCAUUUGCCACCUUCAUUAUGGCUACCUCCGGUGGCAUCGUGUAUUAUUUGGGUGGCGUGAAAGAAGCUCGAUUGACAGGCCAAGGCAUUGUGAGGUUCACAAGAACAGCUUUGACUGUUCUUCAAAUUAGUUAUGAUUACAAGAGGACCUUGUGGGGAAGAAAUGAAAAGUCUGAACAAUUUAAAGAACUUCGAUCUCAGGUUCAUAGUCGAUCAGCUAAGAGACUUUGUGAUUUGUGUUUUCGUAAUGCUGGUCUUUACAUAAAGAUAGGGCAGCACUUGGGGUCUCUCGAUUAUUUACUACCAAAGGAGUAUGUUCAGGUCCUUAAGGUUUUUCAUCACACUGCUCCGAGAAGUUCAUUGAAUGAUGUUUAUCAUGUAUUUCAUGAUGAACUCAACCAAAAUCCUGAUGAGAUCUUUCAAGGUUUUGAUGUGGAGCCACUUGGUUCAGCUUCACUUGCUCAAGUUCACAAAGCGAUCCUCAAGAAUGGUCAAACUGUUGCUGUGAAGGUUCAGCACAAGAAUAUCCAGGAUCAUGCUGCAAGUGAUGUCAAAACCAUGGAAUUUUUAGUAAAUGUUGUCAAGCAAAUAUUUUCGGAAUUUCAAUUCACUUGGCUGGUUGAAGAAACCAAGAAAAACCUGCCAUUAGAGUUAGAUUUUCUUAAUGAAGGAAGAAAUUCAGAGAAGAUACAAGAAAAAUUCCCACAAUUGAAGUUCUUGAAGGUUCCUAAAGUUUUCUGGGAGUAUUCUAGCAAGAGAGUUUUAACAAUGGAAUAUUGUGAGGGAGGUUAUGUGAAUGACUUGGAAUACAUGAAGAAUAACAAUAUUUCAUCAGAUGAAGUAAGUGUUUGUGGAAUAUGCAGGAUGUAUGUUAGUAAUAAGAUACUGCAAAUGAUUUCAACAUUGAUUGUUAAGGUGUCCAGUAAGGUUGGCGAAAUCUACAGCGAGAUGAUUUUCGUUCAAGGCUGCAUUCAUUGUGAUCCUCACCCUGGAAAUAUAUUGAUACGAAAGAACAGGACAACGGGUGUGGAAAUUGUCUUGUUGGAUCAUGGCCUCUAUCAUGAAAUAACAGAUGAUUUCCGGAUAAACUACUGUAAACUUUGGCAGUCAAUCAUCUCGGCAGAUUUGGAAGGUAUCAAAGCAUACAGCGAGAAGAUGGAUGUGGGUGAAUUUUAUGGAAUAUUUGCUUGCAUGCUGUCUGCAAGAACUUGGAACACUGUCAUUAGUGGCAUGAAACAAACACCAUUUUCACAGAAUGAGAUGGAAGAACUUCGUAGUUCAGUCGCGAUGUAUCUCAGCGAUAUUUCGAACGUGUUAAACCGAGUUCCCCGACAGUUGUUACUUAUUCUGAAAACAAAUGAUUUGCUAAGAGGGAUAGAUCAUCAACUUCGGACUAGCGAGGCAUCAAGAUCGUUUGUGACUAUGUCAAAAUGCUGUGCCAAAGCGGUUGCAAGGGAGGAGUGGAAGUCGUGUACGACUUGGUACGAUCGUCUUAUGGUGUAUGGCCGCUGGUCGCUAGAUAACGCUCGUAUAACAUUAUAUCAACUUAGUGUCCAGGACUUCUUCAUCUCCACUGACAUCCUUGUUUCUGUUGCGACGAAUUUUGUUAGUCUUUUGUUCAUUUCAAUGUUAUUUGGUGCAAGCUAACGAACAGACUACGCCAGGACGUUUAGGAUGCAGAAAUAAGUUAUUCGAAUUUUAAUACACAACUUUGAAAGUUUUAUAUAUAUAAUAAGAAAACAAAAUAUCAAAUGGAUUAUCAAAUCACCACAAAUGGAUUAUUUCGAGUUUUUCUGUGCGUACCAACCACUAGCGUAGACAGAUGCAAUAUAGAUAAAUGUUAUUACAUUUCUUUGCAGAAAUGUGAUAAAGUGAUUUGUUUACCUUUCGGCCAUUGUUAAAUUGAGCAAUUGACCCCCCGUCAGCAAUGACAGUUGGCUUUUUAAUAUAAAAACAAUCUUUCAUAAAAUUGUUCGUAGUUAAUCUCUUCCGACAACAAUCAAGUUCUUCACGAUACGUGUUUAUU